GGGCGCUGUUAGCUCCGGAGGCAUCCCGACGUUUGGGGCAAGGUGAAGACGGAGCCGGACCUGAGAUUUAUUUACUGAGCUGGAUUUGCAUGCUACACCAUGCCUUCUCGGAUCGGGGCUCUGCUUUUCUCUUUCACCGGGCUGCUGCUAUCACUUUCAGUCAAGGCGGAUGUUAAAGCUCGGAGCUGCAGUGAGGUCAGGCAAGCUUACAGUGCCAAAGGAUUCAGCCUGGUCAAUAUACCCUACCAGGAAAUAGCAGGGGAACACUUAAGAAUCUGCCCUCAGGAAUACACAUGCUGCACCACAGAAAUGGAGGACAAAUUGAGCCAACAAAGCAAACUGGAGUUUGAAAAUCUCGUGGAAGAGACAAGCCAUUUUGUGCGCACCACCUUUGUGUCAAGGCACAAGAAAUUCGAUGAAUUUUUUCGAGAGCUCCUAGAGAAUGCAGAAAAAUCACUAAAUGAUAUGUUUGUCCGGACAUAUGGAAUGCUAUAUAUGCAGAAUUCUGAAGUAUUCCAGGAUCUCUUCGCAGAGUUAAAACGAUACUAUACUGGAGGUAAUGUGAACCUAGAGGAGAUGCUGAAUGACUUUUGGGCUCGGCUGCUAGAGAGAAUGUUCCAACUCAUAAACCCUCAGUAUCACUUCAGUGAGGACUACCUGGAAUGUGUUAGCAAAUAUACAGACCAGCUGAAACCCUUUGGAGAUGUACCCAGGAAACUGAAGAUUCAAGUGACAAGGGCCUUCAUUGCUGCUCGGACUUUUGUUCAGGGACUGACUGUAGGCAGAGAAGUUGCAAACAGAGUUUCCAAGGUCAGUCCAACCCCAGGGUGCAUCCGAGCACUAAUGAAGAUGCUGUACUGCCCAUAUUGUCGAGGACUUCCCACUGUGAAACCUUGUAACAACUACUGCCUCAAUGUAAUGAAGGGAUGCUUGGCUAAUCAGGCUGAUCUAGACACAGAAUGGAACCUCUUUAUAGAUGCCAUGCUCUUGGUGGCAGAGAGGCUAGAGGGGCCAUUCAACAUCGAAUCAGUAAUGGAUCCCAUUGAUGUCAAGAUCUCUGAAGCCAUCAUGAACAUGCAAGAAAACAGCAUGCAAGUAUCAGCAAAGGUCUUUCAGGGAUGUGGCCAGCCCAAGCCUGCUCCUGCUCUGAGAUCUUCCCGUUCAGCUCCCGAAAACUUUAAUACCCGCUUUAGACCGUACAAUCCUGAAGAAAGACCGACCACGGCUGCUGGCACAAGUUUGGAUAGGCUGGUUACAGAUAUAAAGGAGAAGCUGAAGUUGUCCAAAAAGUUCUGGUCUGCUUUACCCUACACCAUCUGCAAGGAUGAUAGAGUGACAGCUGGCACAUCAAAUGAAGAGGAAUGUUGGAAUGGGCACAGCAAAUCCAGAUACUUGCCUGAGAUCAUGAAUGAUGGGCUGACCAAUCAGAUCAAUAAUCCAGAAGUUGAUGUAGACAUCACUAGACCAGACACUUUCAUAAGGCAACAGAUCAUGGCUCUGCGAGUAAUGACCAACAAGCUAAAAAAUGCAUACAAUGGAAAUGAUGUGAAUUUCCAAGACACAAGUGAUGAAACCAGUGGCUCGGGCAGUGGCAGUGGCUGUAUGGAUGACAUCUGCCCAACUGAGUUCGAUUUCGUCACCACUGAAGCACCCCCUGUCGAUUCAGACAGGAGAGAAGUGAACUCUUCUGCCGACAAGCUCAGCUACUCACUCCUCACGUGGUCUAUCCUCUUCAUUAUCCUCUCACUGCAGAGACAGUGGAGAUAAUCCUGGAUUUUGGUCAGAUAAACUGAGUUUUAGCUAUAUGAACAACCAACUUCUUUUUCUUACACAAUUGGACAAUGGACCAUGACACAAUACUUACAGUUUUCUAUGAGAAGAGAGCAGUACUGCAAAUCUGCUUCCCUUUUUGUUUUCCCAAAGAGUACCGGGUGCCAGACUGAACCGCUUCCUAUUUCCUUCAGCUAUCUGUGGAGACCAUGUCUAUUCUUGAGUGAAUUCUUACUCAAAUCUUUCUUACCAAGGGACUUUCUUACCUUCAUUUGCUUCUAUGCUGCAGAAGUAAAGGGAUCUCACAUUGUGGGGUUUUUAUUUCCUUUCAAAAAGGGGGGGCAGGGAGGGAGUGGUAGGGGAAAGAUAGAAAGAAAAUAGUUUUUCUUCAAAAAUCAGGCAAAACCCCAAGGCGGCUGCAUUUUUAACAAACAGGCAAAGGAAGAUAGAAAAAAAAAAAAGAUCCUAAAUGAUAUCAUUUCUUUAUUGACAGCCAGCCCUCUAACAUGGGCUUCUUUAUGGCAAUUAAAUGGUCAUUGGAAGAAAGUUUGGAAUUUUUUCUAAGAAAAAAAGUAGUGAAAAUACAGUAUGUCUCAGUGGUGAAUGUCUUACACUCUUGGCCACCAACACUAUCUAAUUGGUUGGAAGGCAUCGAAACUGACAAUUAGAAAAUAAUCUUUAGUAGUAUACCAACACCACAAAGAGUUCAGUAUUUCCUAUUACUUGCCAUUUAGGAUUCACAUCAACCUGCCCAGUAUACAUUUCAAUAGUGGCACCAUUUUUCCUAAGCUUUUUAGUCUUUCUCUUUGUUAUCCACUUGGCACAGGAGUUCCCUCUCCUUUGCACCACCCUUGACAAAGUGUCCCUCUAAGAUUUGGACUGAAAAAUAAUCUCCAGUUAUAGAAUAUCUUUGCUCUUGCCACCAAUCCAAUAUUUGUUCAGUUUUUCUGCUCCUGUGCUUACUACCCUCCCAAAGUGACAGUUCUUUCAAUGGACUGAUAAGCAAUUGGAUCCAUAUGCAAGCUUUCAUAUGUAAAGACUUCCUUUGUGUAGGUUGGUUUCUGUAUCACAAGGGCAUUCGAUUACAAAACAAACAGAUAAGAUAAAAAAAAACAGUAAUAGUAUUGACAUGGAGAUUUCUUUCACUUUUUUAGUCUUAGUAUGAUCAUCUAUUUUUAUAUAUAUUAUAUAUAUAAAUCACAGAUUUUAACUUCUUAACUACAAGCUCAGGGUUGACACACCUUUGUAACAAAAAUGUUUUGUCAACCAGCUCUUCUUGUCUUGUGCUGCUCAGAGAAGUGAUUUUUUAAAAUGACCUAUGAGCACUGAGAAUCAAGAAAGAGAACUUUUUAUGUAUCUAACUGUCAUUUUAUUAAAAGUUCACCAGAGGACACCCUCUUUCGCAUGAAUGUGAUUUGGCUUGGGGGUGCUCCAGAUCAGAUAGGGCAUAUGGGGAGAUCCAGGGCACUGCAAGACUUGACUGGUGAUGGCAAAUGUGUGCAUAGAGAAUGUCAUUCAUUGAAAAUUAUUGCUUUUAGGACAAGGUCUUUGGUCUAAAACUCCUGGUGUGGUUUGGACGCAUUACCUUAACUGGGGAUGAGGGAAAGGAGUCCAAAGCCCUGGCCUAACCAGCUGCAUCAUGAAGGCCAAAAUCAGAUGCUACCAACCCCUCAAAGGAAAACAUGACAAAACUCACACACACACACACACCACACACACACACACACACACACACACGCACAAAUAAACAAAAACACCCGGGGGACAGUUGGAGGUGGGGGGAGUUCCAUAAAAUUAAUUGGUUUUCCAAGUGUUUCUUGGUUUAUAUGAUGAAUCUGAAGCUGGUAAAGUUAGUUUCAGAUAGUAUAAAGUAUUUCAGUCAUAUUAAAAUUUACAAUAAUGACAUGUAAAUGGUAUUUUCAAUCUCAUUUUCUCAUCAAAAUUACAAUUAGUUAUUGAUUUAGUCACUGCAUUUAAGUAGAGUACACACAGCACAAUAGUAUUAUGUACACUUAAGCACUUUUACAAAAACAAAAUAAGGUAUUUACAAGCUACUAUUGAUAUAUUAUGCCUAAUGAAAUAGGAAAUAUAGGUUUAUAAAAAACUGUCUACCACCCUCCUAAUUGAAAUUUUUCUAAAACUCCAACACAAAUUUCCUGUUGCAUACUUUUGGAAAAAUCAUCAAUCUGACUGCCCGACUUUGGCUUCAUAUCACCAAUUAUGCAUACAGAGAGCUCUCCGCAGUGACCAAUACCUUAAAUUACUGACUCCAUUUUGUGUUUAAGAAUCAGUAUUUUGUUUCUCCAAUAAUGAAGGUAUAAAGAAAAUGACAUCAACCUUAUUUAUCAGAAAAUUUGAGUAAAAGCUGGUUUAGGCAGCUCUGAACUCAAAUUCUUUUCUUUUACAGUAUUUCCUCCUUUUCCUUCUAUGAAGUGUAUUAAGGAGAUGCCUUUUUCCUCAUUUUUUCCCAGUACACAGGUUAUAUAUUUAUAUGUAUGUGUGUGUGUGUGUGUGUAUAUAUAUAUAAUAUAUGUAUUAUAUAUAUAUACACACACACAUACAUGUAUAUAUAUAUUUUUUAAAACCUGAUCCAUUCACAUCUGGUAAUGACAUUGAUUAGCUACAGCAAAUCAACUGUGAAAAGAGUUGAAAUGAUCAGGUCACCAUACCAUAAUACAAAUCACCUUGGGUAGACAUGGUCACAACAUCAGUCAAGUUGUACUUCUUGACUCUUCCCCUGCCAUCCUUUUAUGUCAUAUGAUUUUUCAUGUUCAUUUGAGCAGUGAGGCAUUUAUUCCACUGUUGGUAUGACAUCAGCUUAAUCUAGAUUAUUACCCCUUUUUUAGGAAAUCUUUGGAAAGUCUAUAACUUGAGUUCUCUAGUUUCAGAAAGUAGUAUACUAUAGUGGAAUAUAGGAAAAAACUCCAUGGUUUUCCAUAAUUUGUCAACCUGAUGUCCCCAAAUGUUGUCCAUUUGUCUUCACUUCAUAACCUCUGUUCUAAAUAGGGAAGAAUCAGUUCCACUGGGCUCAUUGAAAUCUGGAACUAGGAAAUAAUGAGUGGUGCUCAUAAAUGCAAACAUUUAGAUUAUUUAAAGUGCCUCUAUUUUACAUGUUCUUUCGUUAUAAUAUGUAUUUUUCUAACAGUAAUACACAUAUAUAAUAGGUGUAUAUUAAACUAUGUAUAUGUUAUAGCUAAAGACUAAACAGAGUUUUGUCUUUAGCAGAGAAGAACGGUUAGCAAAUUCAUAAAUUAGAGUUCUGUUUAUGAUUCUGUUUUGAAGGGUAAUGAUUUGCUCUUUUACUUAAUAUUCUAUACUUUGAAUACAGGGAUCAGUAAAAACUGCUUUGAAAUAUAAGGGAUGUGAAAUUCUAAUGUAUUUGUGAACAUUCAAACACAUUAUCUGUCAUUCACUGACAAACUAACAAUUGUAAUGAAGACAAAAGUCCUCUCAUCUGAACAAAAAUGUUAUUUGUUUUGAUGAUGUCAAUGUUAAAAUAGCCUUAAUUAAUGAUUUUUAAUUGACAUUUCCUAUUGUGAACAUUGGCCCACAUUUGAUCUUUACCUGUUACAAGUAGCUAUAUCAUGGCUACAGACUAAACAUUAGCUAAGGUCCAUGAUGAGGAAGAACAAUUAGCCAAUUUUUGAAUUGUAAUUCUGUUUACAUUUAUAUUUGCAAAGUUAAUCAUUUAUUGCUUUUUUAAAAAAAAAAAUAAGAGAGUAGCUUAGCUUGAUUCCUUGUAAAAUAGAAAAUUAGUAACAAUUCAUCCAAGUUUUCCUCUUACUUAAACAAAUGCUUUUUCUUUUGGCAAGAAAAGCAUAACUAAUGCUACAUGAUUUGCUAAUUGUUCUUCCCUGUUAUAGAUAUUAGUCAGUGUUUAGCUUUAGACUGAGACAUAUAUAUGUGAUAUAAAGUUGUAUGUACACUGGAGCCUUGCUAUAAUAUGGCAUGCUGUAGCACAAAACUCAGUCUAACAGUGAGAUCUUUGGCCUUGUCCAAGAUGGGAAGAAGAGGGGCUGUUUCUUACUAAAAGUACUGAAAGGACCUUAUAACAACACAUUUUAAUGGCAUUGUCCUCACAAAUGGCAUUAUAGUGAGGCUUCAUUGUGUGUAUACAUAAAAUAUAUGCAUUAUGUAUGUGUACACAGGUCCUCUCCUAACUUUUUGUGUGGCUGUCAAUUACUAUGCGGGUUAAGAUUUUGCGUUUCUACUUUGGAUAGAAAGUUGCCAUUAAGCUUGUAUGAAAAUAGUAAAAAAAAAAAAUCAUCUAAUAGUCGUCUCCAGUACCCUUUAUGUAUUUUCCUCAAUUACCUUUAUGAUUUAAGGUUGAGGGCCUUUAGAAGCUAUAGUAUAAACAAAUUGGGCAAUUGUUUAUCCCACCAGUAUGACAAUUUGAAUGCAUUUAGUUUUGGAAACCAUUGACUUUCAUCUUUACAUCUAGAAUCCUUAUGCCUCUCCAAAUGUGUGUAGUUUAAACAAUGAAGUGGAAAAUCCUGUCCCUCUCAUUUAUUAAUUCUUUUCUCCUUCCAGAUAAAAUGUAGAGCUCUGAGAAAGAAUGUCAAUAUUAUUUAAGUGAGGUCAGAAAUGGAAAAAUAAUAUGCAAGUGGAAGGAGCAGGGAGUGAUGGGCAAAAAUUUUUCAAAAUAAGAAAAUAGCAUUGAUAGUGAUCUCUAAAAUGAUAUGACCAUGCUCAUAGGCAGGUUUAAAUGACCUGUUGAACAGAUCACAAGUAAUCAAUUUCAAAUAACUCACUCUUUAACACAGUUAACAAUGAUUUCUUUACUGAAAAUAUAGUACCAUUUCAAAAAUGUUUUAGUAGAAAAUUAUAAAAGCCCCCCAAAGCAUAGCAUUUACCUGUAAGCAACACUAUAAUUUAAACUCACAACAUUAAUCUCUUUGGUUUAUCCAGAAAGAUAAUCAUUGAAAAGCAAAUUAAGGCAACUUUAAAAUGACUCCAACUGAGAAAUCAGGAUACAAAUUUCUUUCAGGGAAGGGAAGCUAAUUGCCCAGGAAGGAAAAAGGAUCCAUGUGGUGGUUAUUCACAGUAAUUCCCAAUUUUAAAAACCAUGAAGCUAAAUAAGCACUUUGAUUUUUCUGAGGAAUUAACACAACAUAGCACACACUCACACAGUGGAAAGCCUCUGCUUUAACACUGCUUCCAGAUUGGUGCUGAUCAGACAAUGAGUGAUAAAUGCGAAGAAGGGAAAGAGGCAUGAAAACAGAGUAUUGAGCAUUCCACUCCAAUGCAACUAUUUACUAAAGGAAAACAAAUUUCUAUUCAAUAGUCACUUGUAUUUAAGAGCUCUCAUCACAUGGGCAAUGGGCAAUUGGCAGACACCACAGAAAGCUAUAAAGGCCCUGCCUUUACAUUUCAAGUGUUCUUGCUCUCCUUACCUUCUUUGACCCAUCUUGAAACAUGUGGCAGAGCAAGACGGUGCCCACGACUGUCCCAGAGUAAGGUGAAGUAGAAAUGAGAUUCAAAUUCAACUUUUUGGAAAUCUAGCCCAAUCCAACAAGCAUUUAUUGAGGAUCUACUGAGUAGAUUCUGCUCUAUGAAGGGUACUAUACAAGGAGCUGAGGCAAAUGAGGAAAAAAGCAAAAAGCAAGGGGAUUAUGUUGUUCUGAGGAGGAUGUCACAUGUCACAUAUAGAAAAACAAAUCAUAAGGGAAACAUUUCUCUUGAACCAUCUUUCCUAUGGCUUAAGAGUAAGUAUCUUCUUAGUGAGUAUAAACAUCACAGUGAGUAUCAAGAUCUCUAGAUAAAAGUCACAGGUUAGGGGUAAGGAAACAUAUAUUCAGUCACAUGGUUCUGCUACCCUAUCCAUUUAUAACAACUCACUCCACAUUUUGGAAGAUGAGUUAAGCCAGAACCUAGCAAAAAAAUCCAGACUUUUGCAUAUCUCCUCUCGCUCCUUUAACAUUCAGAGAAGCCAACACCUUUGAAUUCCAGUUACCUUUUGGAAGAAAUAGAAUAAGGCGAGGAAGCAGCUGAAGUACUAAAGAGUAAGAUUUUCAUUUUCCUUGAAGGCUGGGUUAUAUUAGGGAAGUUAUCUGAGGUUGUGAAGGAAAUCAGUGAUUAAUGAAGGAACAGAAACCAGCAGUUUGCCCAUAUUGCUUAUAACAAGGAGGCCCAGGGAAAUUGCACCUAGAGCUUGAAACGCCACUUAAUUGGUUGGUGUUUGUAAAGGACUUGAACAUGAAAGGCUUAUGUAAUUGGAUAUAAUGUUCUGGUAGCCAUGAACAUCCGAAUCUAUGUAACCUCUGAGUCAGUGGAGUGCCCUGCUUUGAUUUUACAGCAGAUAGGAACCAAGAACAGGAAGUUAGGUCACUGAGGCAGGCAAUUUUAUGUAAUCUUUAUGAGGAGGCAUUUGGAAAUCUGAAUCAUAGAUAUGAAAUGUUACUAAUGGGGUAUUCAUAUGGGAGUGCUGAAAAAAAAUCUCAAAUUGCAUUUAUAGGUCUUAAAAUUUGGAAGUAUAGAGGACUUUAGAGAUCAUCUGGUCCGAUCUUUCUCCGAUCAGUUUUGUAGAUAAGGAAAUUAAGAUCUAAAGGAGUGAAUUAUUGCCCAAGAACCUGGGAUUUGAACCCAGUUUCUCUGAUUCCAAAUCCAAUAUUCUCCGUUGCUGUUUCUGCUAAACUAUCCUGGAACAUGAUAGAUUUGUCUUCUCAUUUGAAAAGAAAAUUACUGUUUUCUAUAAUUUCAUGGAGUUUGUUGUUUUCAAAUUAAAUGCAGGAAAGAUCACUCCCUUUUCACUCAACUCUUCCUGACAACAUUCUCUUCCAUAGGUUAUGUCUGCAACUCAUUUAAAAGGCAAAAAUGUUAGAUAAACCCGUUCAACAACCAGCUAUCAUUUUUCUUACUGCCAUGACCAACAAGAAAUGGAUCUAGUCACAUAAAGAAAUAGCUUCAAGAGUCUUUUAUGAUUUGCUCAAUCACAGUCCUAAUGACAUUUUUUUCCAAGUUAAAAUGAAGAUCAGGGCAUGGAUAGUUAGUUCCUAGUUCAUAAACUUACAGAUGGAGAGGCACUUGGAGACUAUCUGGUCCAAUUCCUUCUUUUUACAGAUGAUGAAACUAAGGCCCAGAGAAAUUAAUUGACUUGCCUAAGGUCACAUAAGUACAUGGACUUUUCCUCUAGACUGUAAAUUCUUGGAGAGCAGGCACCAUUUCAGAUUAGUGGCUGAAUCUGUUUCUUCUGCUGCCACUGAGUUUUGAGUAUGUCUUCUUCACUGGCCAGUUUCAGUGUCCUCUAACAGUUAUGUGACCUUCUCCAUUUUAACUUUGAGGCUAAGUGGUCCAGUCCCAUAAAAAAACCCAUGUUUCCUAUUUCCUGUUAUGGUGCUAAAUAUACGGCCCUGAGGCAGCUUUCUUAGCAUAACGAGGCUCACCUCCUCCAAAGAUGUCUUUGUAUUGCACAGACCUUGGCACAAAGUAAGCACUUAAUAAAUGCUUGUUGAUUGAUUUAAAGCUCACCAUAUGUAUUGUUGAAUUCCACCACACACAGGCGCAUACACAAAUUGCUUAAAGCAACCAAGGAAUCAAAAUACUUGGUUGCAAAAAAAAAAUUGUCUUCAGCAAAUUCACAAAAAUGGAUACAAGCAAAAUUUCUAUUCACUUUUCUUUGCUACAGAAGAAACUGCAAGUGCCGUUUAAACCUCUCAUCUCUUUAAAGUGGCCCCCAAAGCCAUAAAGACUUUAGCAUAAACCAAUCUCUCAACAUCCUAAUUCUGAGCUAUAAAAACAUCAAACUAACAGCUACAGCUAAAAGAAUCUUGUAGGAAUGAAUUCCUUUAUGUCUCUGAUCGUAGGUUGAUAAUCUGAAAAUCAUAUGAUUCACCUUCUGGUCUGAUUUUUUUUUUUUGGUCUGGUCUUGCAAUUUUACUGGGAUGCCUUUUAACUCUAGAUGAAGAAAUUCCCUCUCCUAAUGUAAUCUGACAACUGUUCAGCAAUUUGCAAUCUUAAAGAGUUGCCUGAGGCACUGAGAAGUUAAUUGUGUGGUUUGCCCAGGGUUGUGCAGACAGUAUUCGUCAGAAACUGAACUGGAACACAGAUCUCCCUGACUUAAUUACACACACUGAGGGGAAAUUUUUUUUCACAAGUGUGAAAAAUUAGAAGUGCCCAAAUUAUAUUAAGCCAAAGAAGUUACAUCUAAACAGCUUUGUUUUAAUAACACGGAAGUGAUUAUCUUUAUUUGUAUGAGCUGUUUCAUAUCAAUUAGCAACUUAAGGCUGUUCCUGCUGAUGCAAAAAAAAAAAUCUAGCCACUGGCUAUUAGCCAACAUUCUCAUCUGGCUACAUGAUUUAUUUGCUCUAGUUAGUAUGUCAAAAUGUAUGGAUGAUGACACAUUAACCUCUAAAAAGCAUAUUUUUUUCUUUGAAAAAGUAGAAAAUGAAGCUUCAUAAUAAGUAGCUGAUGUUAAUUAUAAAUCAUCCUAAACCUUUAAUAUUCAAUCCAAAUAAAAAGGAAUUAAGAUGACCUCUCCACACACCCCAAAUACACAUGCAUACACAUAUACUCUCACAUACCCCUUUCAGAUUCUCCAUACCUUUCUCUGGGGCAUUCUUCCAUCCUGUUCUUCUUUCAUGUCACAAGGAGUUUCACUGAGAAUAAGGUUAAGUUAAGCAUUAUUAUAAGAUUCAUAUUUGUUUUUCUGCAUUGCAUUCUCAAAUUGGCAAACUCAUAGGCAAAAAAAAAGUCCUAUUUAUAUUUAGCAUAGUGCGAUGGCAACCAAUGAAAACUUAGAAAGAAAUAGAAUAAAAUUCUCACAUCUCAUUUUACAGAUGAAGAAACUGAGGUCCAAAGAGAUUAGGUGACUUGUUUAAGAUGACAUAGCUAGUUACUAGCAGAACUAGCAUUAGAACCCGGGUCUCGUGACUCCACAUUCUUCCACUAUACAACAUUUAUCACUCACACUUUAAUAUAUUUCUGAAUUGGAUGAAGGUUCUCAAAUGUUGUGAAAAACAUAUGAGUUUGGUAAACUGGAAGAAUGCAACGGCAAUUAGUCAUUAUGUCUAUGUCUACAGAGUCCAUUUUUGAGACUGGCAAGUUAUUUUGUUCAAUGAUCUAUGUGGACAUAUCAGUCAGUGGAAGAAUUCUGCCAUUGAAAUAGCCAUUGUUUGACCUACUUUUUUGCAUUUUACCUUACGCUGUGUAGACACAGUUUUGAAGUUCUUUGAUUAUACUAGGACUUAAGUUAUUAAAAACAGAUAACACCUCCUACUCCUAUGCCAGCAAAAGAUGUAUUUCCUAGCCUUCUUUCUCUCUGACCUCUAAAACAAAGAGCCAGGUUUUAAAAAAUCCCUACACAAUGAAAGCCCUUGAGCAUUUGUUCAAUAAAACAUUGGUGAAAUUCCAGAAGCCACACACUCCAUCAACCAUCACUACCAACUUUGUAGGAAAUGACACAAUUUUUGGACUAUUAUCUCACACAGAGUUAUUGUUCUGCCAUCCUUCUCCAGAUGUAGUAAUUGGUAAUUUUGGUAAUAAAAUGGCUAAAUUAGCAAACCUCUUCAUUCAUCAAGAGUAAACCCCAGCUGUUUUCACAGUCAGUUUACACCCAAAUAAAUGUAUUUGCUACCUUAUGUAAGGGGACGGAAGAGUUCCACCCCAGCUAUAAUUAUUCUGUGUGCCCACCUAUGAAAAAUAACCAGCCCUGUACCAUACAUUCUGUAACUAGCCUUCCUGUUUAACUCUCCUCAACCUACCUGCUAUAAUUCAAGGAACAGAGAUAGCAUCAAAAAUUUGAGAGCCAGCUUUGACCUUGUCAAGUACAUAAUCCUAACCCACACAUUUCUUGCUCUACAGUACUCUGUAGCUCUGUAGUUUAUACUACUCAGUUUUAUGCCAGUCUCCUCUUUUUGUAAUUUUGCUAGGCUCUCCCAGUGGACAGGAGCAUACAUGAGAACUACCAUAUCCUAUGCGGUUAGUUGCUAAAUGUGUUUCUUCUGUUGCCACUGAAUAGAUGUGCUUUAGAUUCAUUUGAUUAUGUCUUCACCUUGCCAGUUCCAGUGUCCUUUAAUAGCUAUGACCGUCUGCAUUUUGACUUUGGGGCUAAAUAGUCCAGUUCUAUAAGAAAACCCAGUGGUUCUAACGUUCUGAUACUGUGUUGAGUAUCUUAUAUGGCCCUUUUCUAGCAUAACUGGACUCAAUUAAUCCAGAAAUGCCAAAGUUUAAGGUAAAUGGUAGUUCUUACUAGUUCCCAACAGAUGAAAGAACCAAGGUGGUAGGGAGAGGGAUGGGGGAAGUGAUGUUCAGGCUACUGGGGAGAUGAGGGUCACAGUACCAAGACUUUCAGUUUAUCAGAGGAUCUGAUAGGCUCUUCAUUCUCUAUGAUGCCUGUUCCAAAAUGAAACAUUCUCCUCCUGGAAAAGGAUGGGGUUGUUUUAGUCUAGAAAUGACUGAAUCAACAGGGCUAGAAUAUGUUGUUAGAAAACCAUUCAGUAUUCUGGAGGCUGAUCAAUUCAAUUCAACCCAAGAAGUAUUUAUCAGGUACUUAACUAUAUCCAUAGCACUAUGCUCCACACUAGGCAAAAUAUUCAGAGAUGUUUUUCAGCAUGAAAUGAGAGAUGGGUAAAGCCAUUUUUUCUCUUGGAAAUAAUAAGAAUAUGUGGUGUACUGUGAACAAAAUACAUUAAAACAGUGAGCGACCAUCUGUUUUCGUAUAUGCAUUGACUCCACCAUGACUUUAAAAAGUGAUAUUGCUUGUUCUGACUCCAGAGGGAAAAAUGCUCAAAAGCUUCCCAAAUCUACGUAUAGUUUCUGUGUUCAUGCUAGGACAGUUGAUCAAAUGAGACCAUUUUCCCAACUCCACAUGCUCUGAAAAAUCAAACAGGGCAAAAUAUCGAUUACCAAAACUCUUGUUCAAUUUUGAAAUCUUGAUGAUACCUAAACACAAAUCAUAAGAGCUUUGCUCUGAAUAUUUAUGAUAUUAUCUGAAGCCUUGACUGCUUUAUAAUCAUACUCUCCCUAUCUAUUAUGCAGUAUAUAAGAGCCUAAAUUCUAUUUUCUAGAUCUUUACCAUAAAUCCAUUCCUUUCUUAACUAGCACAGCUUUAGAAAGUUUGGAUGGCGAGGGAGAGCAGGAACAAAGUUGAUGGGAAGGGGGCGCACAGAAGCAUUCUGAUUUCCCAAUGACAAUAGGAAGAUGGUGCUUGACAUUUCCUAAAUGCUCUCAGUUGGGCCUGCUGCCCAUUUACCUCUUCAUUUAUCUCCAAGUCAUUAUUAACCCAGUAUGGAAUAUGGUAGUUCCAGAAGCCAUGAUCAUUAAUGUAAAUAUCAUUUGUUCCUAUAAGACUUGCUUUUGCUGCUAUGUUUUUCAUACUUGUUUAGCUCAUGAUAUUUCAUGCCAAAUACUUUACAGACAGUGUUUAGAAAUCACAAAGCAGCUAGACCAUGAAAGGCUGUGCUCCCAUCCAUCAGGAAAUGGAGUCUGACUGCAGGGAUGUUUUGUAUUUGCUUUACAUUCAUUAUGAGUUUCUAGCUGAGCCUGCUUUUCUCCACAAAUAUUGAAGACAGAGAAAACUAAUGACAUUCUGCUAACACAGACUCACACUGGUGAUUCUGCAUCUUCCAAAAGGACUGCAUAGAUGCCAUUAAAAGAAUUGUGUUUGACAGCUGGGGCUAUCAGACCGGAUGUGAUAUUGGGUUAUUAGACAAAGGAGGCCCUCAAAGACUUUUGAGGUAAAAUUUGAAAAGUCAUACUUUACAAGGUUGCCUAACUAGAUGUCCCAUAAGUGCUUAAAACAUACAGGAGACUUGCAAUCAGAUUGAGGAAAUGUAAAUAAAUGGAGAGAACAAUAAUUAAUAUGUCCCCAAACCCAAACUGUGGUUAUUCUGCCUGCCUUUUGUCAGCAAAGUUGUUGAUCCAAAUUUACCAGAUAUCUGGUUCUUAUUCUUCCUGCUGUGUGAUACAUAUAUUGGUGAAUAUGAGCUUUCCAUUAACAACAGUGUUUAGACAUGCAAAAAAAAUGUUUCAGUUACAUUACACUGACUUAUCUGACAUGGGUCAUAAAGAACAAGAAAAAGUUUAAUUUGCAGAAACUCUUUGGAGCCAAAUUAGUAGUUAGCUGAGAAUUCUUUUUCAGAGUGCUUUGUUUUGUUAAAAAAUUUAAAAAAUAAAAUAAAAAUAAACAUGUCACUAAAUUAUUCUCAACUCUGGCAAAAGAAGCCCAAAACACUUUGGGGACUCUAUAAGAAAAAAAAAAUUCUCCUAUCAACAAAUCUUUGAAAAACCUCUUUGGCAUCUGUUGAAAUAUUUUUCCCCCAACAUGCCUGAAAGUGGUAAGGAGAAAUCCUAGGACUUUUCUUAAUUAAGCAAUAAGAUAUGGCGGAAGGGGGUGUAAUGCUGAGAUAUCAUACAUCUAAGGCAUUAAAAAGCUGAAUACACAUUUAAGUACCUCUAAAUCCUUAGGUAUCUGAUUCUCCGCCAAACGUGCCUUAUUGCUGUUAUAAAAAGUCUUUUCAUAUUUCUAAGUAGGACAUUCCAAAUAGGCAAAGGCCCAGUUGGAAGGGAUGUCUUGGUCUGGAAACUAAUGUGGCAAAAUCUAUAAUUUUCCCUCUUCCCAUACCCCAUCAUCAUCUGGGGAUAGUGAGAGGGAAGUGGUCAGCUUAUGCCACAUUUUUUGUUUUGACUGGUGUGCCAGUGAAAAGACAAAAGUCUGUGUAACCCCCAAGAGCAUCCUUACCUACUGUGGUUAACAGGAUGAAUAACAUUUAAUCCUGAAAUCCACUUUCUAAUGGUGGUCUGGGCAACCUAUUCUGGCUAUUAAAAAAUUAAUAUACUUCUCUUAAAAACCUUACAAAUCACAUGUUACUACAAGUGAUAUUCCAGCCCUACUUUCCCCACCCCACAGACAGUAGUUGUUCAGCCAAUAAACCGUGAAUUUGACUGGAGUAAGGGGCAUUCCUUGACACUAUUGCUACACUAUUCAGUACUGUAUGUAGAGACUUGACACCUCAGUGAUGAAGACUUUAACAUGCCUUAUUUGUCCUAGUUACUUUUUUACAAUGUGAUGACUUAAUAAUACAAGUUGUGUUAGAUUGCUUCAUUGUUAUAAAUAAACUAUAUCUGCUCUGCCAUACAAUCUAUACUAUUCACUCUUUGAAGAACCAUGUUAGAACAUUCUAAUCCUGUCAUCAACUCACCUAAUUUUUAUCCUUUCACCAUCAUUUGAUUUGUACUCCAUGAAGGGAAGGUAUUCCAGUGGAUUGAAAAAAAGGGAUUUGGAAUCCUCUGAUGGACUACAAUAAAUUCUGCAAUUAAGUACA